ACUGUAUGUUGCGCUACCUGAUAACUGCACAGAAUGCACAAAGAGAGAAAGUCAGAACACAUCCACGUAACUCAACUCAACUUGACGAAACUCGACGGGCCCUCUCUUAGCCUCCACAUAUUACAUACUCUGAGUGGUGCGCGGCAAGUUACACCGCUCCGCGUAUUCAUUCGCUCAAUGACCUUUGUUCCGUGCGUUGCAAGAGUCAAUAAGAGUCCAAGUCGCUUAUCCAUAUUAAUUGUUCAGCCUCUUCCCAACGCCGUGUCAAAAACAAGACAAAAAAAAACGCUCCGUGCAACGCGGUCGUGAAUUAAGUAAAGCAUCCGUUCGGACUAAAUAAUUCGGCUUGCAGGCGUACCUCCAAGUUUUGAAAGAUCCGACCAGAAGGGUGGUCGUAUCGCGAGUGCACCGAUUUCAGUUGCUAUACAGAGUAUAGAGUGCAUUUCCGUCCUGCAAGAUGGGGCAAUUGUGCACCUGCGGCUGUCUGCAGCAAAGUUCUGCAAAGUGUUUGAAAUGUGUUACAUGAGAAAAUAAACCAGAUGUGCUUAAACAUAUCGAAUUAAGGCAAAAGUUAGAGUAUCUUUUGGUGCCCUAGCAAACAUUGCUUGAAAGUAGUAAAUUUAUAUUUUUUGCUACGCUCUUUGACAAAAUACAAGCGGGAUACAAUCAAUAAACACCUUAAGUCAACUAUUGCCUAUUUCAAAUUGCUAGGAUUAUUUAGACCUCACUGCCUCUUUAAAAGAACCGCUAUGAUGUACUCCUUACCAUGCGAAGCUAUUAUCAUCAACAUCAUCAUGUUCUCCCGCCAGUGCCUUUCCAACCUUAUCCGCUCAAUACCUACAUCUGCUGCUCCCCGCCCUCCAAUCCGCACCCUCCGAUGGAGAAGGGAGCUUAGCCUAUUGGUGCUGGUGAUCACCAGCGACUGUAUAAUGCUCAACGCGCCGACAACGACGGCAUUUGAUAUCGCCACAUGCAAGGUACCGUUGGGCAUGGAGUCCUUAUUCAUAACAGAUGCUCAAAUCACAGCAAGUUCAGCACAUGACAUGGGAUUCGUUGGACCUCAACACGCAAGACUGAAAACCGAUAAUAAUGGAGGAGCUUGGUGCCCCAAACACAUGGUGUCUAACGCUCUCAAGGAGUAUCUGCAGAUCGACUUGCUGCAGACGCACGUGAUUACCGCGAUCCGGACCCAGGGCCGGUUUGGAAAAGGUCAGGGCCAGGAGUACACCGAGGCCUACGUCCUCGAGUAUUGGCGUGCCGGUUUCGACAAAUGGCAACGCUGGAAAAAUAUCCAGGGCAAGGAGGUAGGUGGCGCCCAACAAAGUAUACCACAAGUCUUAGCUAACCUGAAUCUCAAUCCUCUGCAGAUCCUGCCUGGCAACAUAAACACUUACAGCGAGGUGGAGAAUGUCCUGCAGCCAAUCAUUUUUGCCUCGAAGAUCCGUAUCUAUCCAUACGGCCAAUACGACCGUACUGUCUGUCUGCGGGCCGAGAUCGUCGGCUGUCAAUGGGAUGACGGCAUCGUGUCUUACAGCAUUCCAAAGGGCGUGCAACGCGGCAUGGAGGUGGAUCUGUCGGAUAAAACCUACGAUGGUAAUGAGCAGGGUGACCGGUAUGUGGAUGGCCUUGGACAAUUGGUAGACGGGCAAAAAGGCAAGGACAACUUCCGAACCGACAUCCAUGGAUUUGGCAAGGGUUAUGAAUGGGUUGGCUGGCGAAACGAUACACCCGGACUGCUGGGAAACCCAGUUGAAAUUGUUUUUGAAUUCGAUACGGUUCGCAACUUUAGUGCCAUCGUGAUCCACACGAACAAUAUGUUUACCAAAGAUGUUCAAGUAUUUAUGCAUGCCAAGGUGUUCUUCAGUGUUGGCGGACGCUAUUUUUCAGGAGAACCAGUGCAGUUUUCAUAUAUGCCAGACACUAUAAUGGAUCAUGCACGCGAUGUUACUAUUAAGCUGCACCAUCGUGUGGGCAAAUAUUUGAAAAUCAAUUUGUACUUUGCUGUCAAAUGGAUAAUGCUGUCGGAGAUCAGCUUUAUAUCCGUGCCUGCGCUUGGAAAUUUUACAGAGGAGCAGGACCAGCUCAGCAACUCUGCUAGUCAUGCGCAGGAUACUCACGAUGUCAUCAGGAACAACGAAUUCCAGCGCAACAAUAACAUGCCCAUCGGAGCGGGCGGCCCUGCUGGAAGUCUGGGAAAAGGCUUAUCCUCUGCAUCCGGCGGCAAUAGCAAGUACAAAAACGGGCCGCAGUUAAUUGCGCCACGGCCCAUCGAUCAAGAGCCUAACGACGCCAACUUUAUCGGGGUGGUUAUCGUGGUCCUGACGACGAUAAUAAUCCUGCUGGUGGCCAUCAUACUGUUUAUAAUAUCGCGGGCGAAGCGGGCCCGCGGAAGCAAUGUCCUGGACGCUUUCCAGUACAGCUUUAAUCCCAACUCUCUCGGCGGCAACGUGGACAAGCACCGCCAGAAUGGCAGCAGUAUUAAGGCCAGCGUAGAUGACAACGACUCAAUAGGCAAAAAUAGUCUAUACCACGAACCUUUUAACGUAAACAUGUACACAAGUGGUGUGAACGGCUAUGCAGCGGUUAAUGAGUUACAGUGUAGUAUAACGCCCGAUUAUACAGAUGUGCCGGAAGGCGGUUACGCCGUGCCUCACGUGCAGGACUACAUGCCCUCGUCGAAAAUGGCUGGUGGAGCAGAAGGCGGUGGUGGCUACUUGAAAGUACGUCGAACUCCGCCUCCGCCGCUAAGCAGCAUUUUCCCGCGUCCUCCGACAGCUCCACCGCCGCCCAUGGAAAAGUACUACGCCACUACCACCAUCUUUAAGCCGCUCAAGGGGCCGGGCUCAGAGCGCAGCGGCUGCAGCAGUAACACCAACACGGUUAGCAGCGGCGGCGGAAAGAGCAGCCUCAGCCACAGCAGUCAAUGCAGCACCAGUUGUGGACGGGCUCACAGCGGCAUCUACGACGACGGCAUUGGCACCAUGAACUCCAAGGUCGCCACCCCAAUGAUCAAUCCGUACAGCAGCGGAAACGGCUCAUCGGCGUCAACUGCGGUCGCUGCGGCGGAAUUCCAGCGGGCCAGGACCUACAAUUUCCGCAGCUACCACGACAAUCUUUAGUUCGAAGCCUCUCUGAAAUUAGUGGUCGCGACUCCGAAGCGGGUCCCUGCAGCCCCAGAGGCCAGUACCACCUUGUUGCAGAACCUAAGUGCUGUUACCAAUAUUGCGGGCAGAUACGUGGGCGAUCCGAACAAGCGUAAGUACAGCAAUACCCUGCACAACAGCAAACGUACCCAAGAAGGCAAGCUCCAACGUAACGGCCAACGCAAACAUCUCAAGUCCCUGGAGGGAGUCGAAGAAGAGGUUGUCGCGCACCUAAAGACCAGCUUAAAGGCAGCCGCAUGCAAAAAUUCAUGCUCUAUUACCAGGUCAGUGGAGGAGAGCGACAACGUAAGGGAAGGCGCCGAGGACGGAAAUGAUAAUGAAGUGGCAGGCGGAAUGGAAAACGUUGUCAGGAGGGAACAAAAUAAUAGGCUGUGUUAUCGUUGAUAAAAGCCCGAUAUUGAAUGGAUUUGAGCUAAAAUGUUUUUAUGGAGAUUGAUGUGCAAAUUAACUAGUAAGAGGACGAUGCGAUUUUGGAUUUACCAAGCUCAAAGCAGCGUCAAUUAUGGCGAAGCGGACAGAGAGUCACAGAAGCACAAAGGGUUUGAAUAAUAAAGUCCUUACAAUUUAACCCACUGAGCAUACAUGAAGCGAAGCAGAACGAAAACGAAAUCAAGUCGCCUACCAAUCAUUUUUAAAGUAAGGUCAAGAAUAUGCCAACAAUUUAGGUAUCAUAAAAUGUAAGAAACCCCUGUAAAUAUUCUAGUUUGGGAAUCGAACAUGCACAACGUCAUCCGAUAGCGAAUCAGUUAAAUUUUAAAGAGGAUACCAGGACGCAAGCUAUUAUGCAAAACUCAAAAGAAUAAGGAGAUUACUAAUACGAAUUUAAAGUCUAUCAUUUGGCGACAUAAUUUGUUUAUAAAACGAAGUUAUAUAUUGUGUAACACCUGUACGAAUAACUAGCUUAAAAUUUGUUUAAUUGACUUGUACUAUUCUUUCGGGAAGAACACUUAAAAAUUUACAAAAUAAACUAACAUGCCUGUUAACCUUUUCCUAAGUAAACCUGAACCAUCUGAACGCCUACACUCACACUACUUAAGCCACUCUGUACAUUUUCUGUGUAUAAACUUAUAGACCUAGAUUGUUUGCUAUAAGUGGAAUCGAAGCGUAAAGCUGCAUAAUGUAGAAAAACCCUCUACCGAGGUAUAUGAUAAUUCAUCGAAAUUUAACGGACCAAGAAAGCGUGCAGAGCGACUUCGCCCAAACGAAGUAAAAAUAAGUUUUCAUCAUCGAUUUCUGAUUUAAUAUUCAACUCUUUAUAUACACGCAUGUGUAACUAUUCAGUCCUUAAGACUAACUGUAAUUUAUGGAAACGCAAUUCCCGCAUUGAAAUGACUAUAACAAAAAAACUAUAUAAUAACAAAAAGUAUUUAUAAUUAAUAUUAACGGAUAAUCAAGUAUAUGUUCCUUUUAAGUUUAAAGCGCAUUAGAAUCAUUCGCAAACUUACUAAGAGCUAAGAGUAAAUGCUUCGUAGUAGAUUAAUAAAGCAGCAGCAAAUAUAAACUAAUUGUAAACAACCGGAUACAUACCUAAAAAAGGCGUGUUAAAAUAAACUUUUAGUUUAAAAAUGGCAAAACACUUGACUCUCAUUAAUUACCCAAAAAAAAAUAUUAAAAAAAAACAAAUUAAAUAAAACCCAUAGAUGAACACGCUCCACAUAAAUGAUGUUUAGAAUGUUUAUGCAAAAUUUGCAAAGUUUUUAUAGAAAACAAUUUAAAGUAAAAUUAAGCAACAUGAUAAAACAGUAUUUAAACGUAUUUAACAACACUUUGCGAUUGUUCACUAUGUACUUCUCAACUUUCUGCGCACAUUCUAGACUUUUCAACAUUCAGUUGCACCAACCAACCAAAUAAAACACUCUCCGACACUCAAAACUUAUUAUCGAAGAAAAACAAAUCACGAACCUACCUACAAGACUUGUGUAAAUCAUAAGCAAAUAAACAAAACGAUUAGACAUUAAGUUAAAAAAAGAUAACGUAAAAAUGAAAAAGAGUAGGUACGCUGUAAAAACUUAUAUUAUACUCUUUUCGGUCUUUUAAAAAUCACGGCAGAUGUCAUAUACAUUUUUUGUUAGAUUGUAAUUUAAAUUCAUUUUAAAUGCUUUUAUUACUUUUACAAUUUUGAAAGUCAAAUAUAAAGUAUUUAAACAACA